AUGUUCACAAGCAAUCCCAUCUCGGUUGGGGUCAUCCCCUUACCCAAUGGCGUCGCGCAGAUCCUCUUUGGCGGUAUCGCUACACUUUUCAUGAGCAAGUCGGCCAUUUUGAAGCUCCAGGUAAUUGUGUUACUGGUCUUUCAGAUGGUGUUUACGACUGCUUAUGCUGGCGUGGUGCCAUCCGAUCGAGCGGGAUUUGUGGUGUUCCAGUACCUCGGAACGGGUCCUUUUGCCAUGAUUACCCUACCUUGCUAUGCGGUUGCGGGAUUAAAUGUUCCCUUGCGUCACUUGGGAAUUGCAUCCAGGUUAAUUGGGACAUUUCAAAGCGAUGGCGAGAGCGUGGGCAAUGCUGUCUUCAAUAUGAUCAUCAACGCCGUGGUCAAAAGCGAGAUCCCGAAGAAGAUUGCAGAGGUCACGACUGCUUACAGCCUUUCGUCAACGCAACUCGCGGCCCUUAUCCCAGUCACGGCACUGAACGCUGUUGGGGUUCCAGUCGCCUUCGCUACGGCGGCGGCAAGUGCAUACAAACAGGCAUAUGCCUUCGCAUUCAAGAGAGUGUUCUACUCCUUCAUCCCCUUCAGAGUCAUUGCGAUCAUCUGUGCACUCUUCACCAAAGGCCCCUCUCAAUACUUGACCGAUUACCUGGUUGUUCACACGGUUCGAGCAGGGGCCCUUGGAAAGACUCCCUACCUCCAGAAUUCGGGGCUGAAGAUGAAGCGAACCUAG